AUGAAGAUAUUCGGGAAAUUAUUUCAUCAUGGAAAGAAAAAGAAAAAACGACACGAUUUAAAAAGAACGUCGCAGAGAAGAAAGAAUUACGUACCUCAAGACAAUUUCCUUUUAACUGGAAAUCAACAAAGAAGAGAUAGGCGAAGGCACAAGGUAAGCACAGUAUUUUUUCAAAUAAAUUCAAUCAAUCAGUAUCCAAAUUUUAUAUAAUUUUAAGCUAAAAUUAAAGAUAAUAUUUAACAAUAGUAAUGAUAGUAAUAAUAGCGAUGCAGUGAUAAUAUUUGUUUUACAAUAA